UAGAGCUCGGCAGGACCGACGGCGCAUGCGCAGGCAACUAUGGCAGCCGGGAAGCACUGAAAUCUUGGUUGUUUGGGCUUCGUGUUUGGUUGGGGACCAUUGGGGAUGGCGGCGGCGGCCGGAGAGGCCUCGGAGAGGCAUUGCUGGGUCUGUUUUGCCACUGAGGGCGAUGACCGGUCAGCCGAGUGGGUCUGUCCCUGCCGUUGCAAGGGUUCCACCAAAUGGAUCCACCAGGCCUGCCUCCAGCGGUGGCUGGACGAGAAGCAGAAAGGCAACAGCACAGGCAGCGUGAGUUGUCCUCAGUGUGGCACCGAGUAUCGCAUUGUUUUCCCCAAGCUGGGCCCCUUGGUUUAUUCCUUGCAGCAAGUGGACCGGGUUUUAUCUAAAGUGAGUCCCUUUGCCGCAGCCGGCAUUGUGGUGGGGACGCUCUACUGGUCGGCAGUCACAUACGGAGCUGUCACGGUGAUGCAGGUUGUUGGCCACAAAAAGGGCCUGGACGUGAUGGAGCGGGCGGACCCGCUCUUCUUGCUCAUGGGGUUGCCCACCAUCCCAGUCAUGCUGGUUCUAGGGAAGAUGAUCCGCUGGGAAGAUUAUGUGCUACGUGUCUGGCGGAAGUACUCCAGCAAGCUCCAGGCCCUGCAAGUUUUGGGGCAAGGGGUCAGCCGUCCCAUUCCACAAGUCCCGCUGGCCGAGUCGCGCUACCAGAGCGACCACCUCUCCAUCUCACGCACACUCUGUGGGGCCCUGGUUUUCCCUUCCAUUGCCAACCUGGUCGGUCGAGUGAUGUUCCGUAGGGUGAACUCUAGCCUCCAGCGUACCAUCCUGGGUGGCAUUGCUUUCGUGGCCAUCAAGGGAGCCCUGAAGGUCUAUUUCCGGCAGCAGCAGUUCUUGAUCCAAGCCAACCGGCGCAUCCUCAACUUUGUGGAGAAGAGAGACGCGGAGAAGGACUUGUCGCAAGUUGAUGAGGACAGCGGCAGCGAAGCAGGGCUCAGUUAGGGAAUGACGUGUGGCCCAAGGGACAGUGCACUUCCUAGCCUGCUUGAGAAGAGUUCAUCAGAGAAAGCACUUUCCUCUCCACGGGAGACUUCAGGCUGGGCGGCUCCAUUCCCAAAGGGAGACGCUGACAAGCACCUUUGCCUUGACCUCUGCAUUAUUGGAGGAGGGAGGCUGGGGCAGGACAGGUUGGAUAUCAUCACUGCGUCCCCUAAAAGAGCACAACUUUUGUUUCCCAGCUGCUGGCUUCCUUGCAGUCUAGCCUGUUGACCUCAUGCUGUUAUUUCUAGCUUUUCCGCCAUGUUGAUUUCGGAUUCUGUGUGGCACUUCUUUGAUCUCUUCACAAACCAUGGUUUAAAUUAAAAAUGAAAAGAAACCAAA